AUGCUGAGGAAAAUACAAAUACAUGAAAUAAUAACAAAAACUAUCUAUCUAUCUAUCUAUCUAUCUAUCUAUCUAUCUAUCUAUCUCUCUAUAUAUCUAUUUAUUUAUUUAUCUAUCUAUCUAUCUAUCUUAUCUCCUUUCUUUCUUUUUAUCUAUCUAUCUCACUGUGUUCACAGCUAUCUCAAUUUUUCAUAUGUAUCUAUCUCAACCUUCUCUUCGUAUCUAUCUAUCUAUCUAUCUAUCUAUCUAUCUAUCUAUGUCUAUGUAAUUCUCUUAUCGUAUCUAUCUAUCUAUCUAUCUAUCUAUCUAUCUAUCUAUCUAAUCUCAUGCAUAUUUAUUUUUCUUAUCUAUCUAUCUAUCUAUCUAUCUAUAUCAGUCUGUUCAUAUCUAUCUUCCGACAAAUACUAUUAUAUUAUUAGCACUCUGUUAACCAUUACUCCAUCAUGCCUCCGCCAAAUCCACCAUUUACCCCACCGUGCCUCCACCGCACUCUGUUUACUCCCCCAUUCCUCCACUUACCCCACCGUGCCUCUACCGCACUCUGUUUACUCCCCCAUUCCUCCACUUACUCCCCCGUGCCUCCACCGUGCCUCCACCGCCCUCUGUUUACUCCACCAUUCCUCCACUUACGCCACCGUGCCUUCACCGCACUCCGUUUACUCCACCUUUCCUCCAUAUACCCCGCCGUACCUCCACCGCAUUCCGUUUAAUCAACCAUUCCUCCACUUACACCAGAGUGCCUCCACCUACUCACCUUGCAUCCAUUUACUCCAUUUUAUGUUCCCUUACUCCACCGUACAUCUACUUAAUCCAACAAGCCUCCACCUACUCCAGUGGGUCUUCACCGCACUCCAUUCACUCCACCUUGUGUAUAAUGACACCGGACAUCCAUUUACUACGCCGUGCCUCCUCUUACUCCACCGCGACCCCACGUACUCCAACGUGCUUCCAUAUUCUAUAUAA